AUGAGAUCCUCCGCGCGAACACUUCCCGAAGGCCAUGGCAGUCUUUACAAGGAACCGGCAGCAAUCCCUCCACGAGCGCACAAUUCUCGAAUACCCCCCCCCACAUAUCCCGCCUUCGAAGCGUCCUAUCUGGACCAGUCGCGAGCUCUCCUCGAGAGCCAGCGAGCGAACUUUGAGGCAGAGAGGGCGCUCUUUGCACAGGAAAGACAGCUGUGGGAGAAGGAGCGAAGCGUCUUGAAGUCGAGGAUUGCUGAAUUGGAGUCGUUGCUUAAGGGCCAAGGGGUUUCGGUGACUACAUCGACCGUCACCUCUCCCCAGCCGGUGUUUGGCACACCACAGUAUAAUGGGACGACAGGAACGCUGGACGGCGGUCUGGCCCUCACCUCGGCGCAGGUGUGGGAAGGGUCGAGCCCUGGCGGUCGACCAACCCGUGUAUUUUUGGAAGCAGAGAUCCCAGAUCCAAGCCACUUGCCGCCGAUCCUCGAAGGGUCAAGUAACAACCCGCCCUCCCUUGAUGCGGCACUCUCUUCGCAGUUCCGUGCCAGUGAUCCCUCUGGCUUGACCGGCAUCCCAGUGCCGAUCGAAAAGCUUGACAGCAGGCUGGACGGGAUUACGCUCAAGUCGACAGCCUUGCCACCUGGGAUCGUGGCGCGGGUGAUCACUCCGCCGUCCCCAUCGCCCCUUGAGAAUACAUCUUCGCCUGCGACCGCCCUUUCUCCAGGGUCUGCAAGGCCGAGCGCCGAGCAUCGAAACAGUCUCAAACUGAAGCUCUCCGAGCUAAGUCAUCCCAGUGAGAACUUGGUGAGGGACGCCGGUCACACCCCAAUGGCAGUCAUCGAGGGCGACCCCAGCCAGCGAACCACCCAGGAGGCUUCCCCUACUGAGAAGCCUGAAGAGGAGGGUCUCUUCGAGGGCGAGGAGGCCCCUCUUGCACCCACGGUUACCAAAUCUACGCAGCCUAUUGAGACUUCGGACUCAUAUUUUCCCGAUCUGCCCGACGACCCGGCCCUCAAAGGGCCGCUUGGUCUCACCAAUGACGAAAAAGAGGAUAACAGCUUCCUCACAGAACUCGAUCAAAAACUCCUGGAUCAGGCCAGGCGGAUCCUCUCCACUUCGUCAGGGUCGGGCGGCGACCCGAAUGAAACUGAUCCGGAAGACCUUGCCAGCCAGGGUGAGGCGGAUCCGGAGAUCAAGUUCAAGAAUUCAACCAACUUUGGCACUGCCUUCGGACUAUCGAACUGCGGUGAAAUCUGA